AUGGAGUCGGAGUCAGAGUUGUGCCAAAUAGGAGAAGCAGCGAGAAUUUCAAUCUUGUGUUCUUCUUUCUGUUCGUCUUGGUGGAUUGGAUCACAUCGGCGAGCGAGGGCUGUAAUCACUCAAGAUGUCGUCACCUCCGGCGCCGGGGGCCAGCACACGGAACUACGGAAGCGCCGCCGCACCUCGGACCCCGGACCUCGCUGGGCGUCGCUGCCUGAAGAUCUGGUUGGCGUGCUGGCGUCGCGCUUGCUGGCCGGCGACCUGCUGGACUACGUCCGCUUCCGAGCCGUCUGCACCAGCUGGCGGUCCGGCACCGCCUCCCCGCGCGGCCGCGGCGUCGCCGACCCGCGCUUCCACCCGCGCCGCUGGAUGAUGCUUCCCGAGGGCCACUGCCUCUACCCCGGUCACCCCGACCUGCGCGGGUACGUUCGCUUCCUCAACCUCGACACGGGGACCUUGGUACGCGUCCGGAUCCCGCUCCUCGGGGACCACUGCGUCAUCGACUCGGUCGACGGCCUCCUCCUGCUGCUGCGGGACCCGGACCAGGAAGGCGCCGUUCGCCUCCUCCACCCUUUCACCGGCGACAUCGCCGAGCUCCCACCCCUAGGGACCCUCCUCCCGCAGCUGGGCUCACGGCUGCUCAGCUGUCCUGCACCAUACAGGAUCAGAAGACUUGCAAGAGUCGUCUGUGCUUCUGUUUCCUGCAACGCUGGAGCCAUGACCAUCAUGCUUGCACUUCAUGAGGUAUACCGUGUAGCCUUUGCUACCUCCCUGGACCGGCAAUGGACUCUGUCAAGCUGGGAAUGCCCAAUAUGCUAUCCACCAUUGUCAUUCCAAGGCAAGCUAUACAUGUUGCAUACUCCCAGAUUAUGUGGCAAAAAGAUACACCAGGUUCUCCAGAUUGACCCACCUGUGCAGGAUGGAGCGGGCGCAGGUCGUUCACUACAACAGCCAAAGUUGAUCGCCACAAUCCCUGCACACAAACUCAUCAAUCCUGACGGUCUGGUAGAAUGUGGUUCAGAGAUCCUGGUGCUUGGCCACAACGAUUUGUCUGGGUCGCAAAUUUUAGUUUGCAAACUCGCGGACCUUGUGCUGCAAAGGUUUAUCCCAAUAAAAAGCAUCGGAGGCAAUACCUUGUUCCUUGAAGAAAGGAACAUAAGUGUCUCCUCUAAGGUACUGCCUACAGUCAAGGGUGACAAUGUUGUCUACAUUCAUUCAGGACCACCCUAUCUUGCUCAAUACCACCUCAGUAGUGGCAGCUUGUCACCGGCAAUUGAUAAUUGCAGCCUGUAUGGCCGUGCACCGGGACCUAGUAGCCUCGUCCACUAUAUCUUCAGCUGCUGCAUUCGUAAUCGGUGGAGCAGAGGACUAAUAUUCAGAAGGAAUGCACUAGGUUGGUCCGUGCAAGAUGAAGAGCAAGUUCAAUAAUAAGGCGUAAACCAACACCUGGCGACCAGUUUACCAGCAUGAAAAGGAUAAGAGAUUCUUGGUCGUUGACAAACAUUACCAUUCCUUCCAUUAUGUAUGACUUUCACAGUACCAUGUAGUAUUAAGUUACUAUUGUUGUUUACAAAUCUUUAUCUAUGUGCUGCAUUCUCGCACCGCUGAAUUGUUGUAAUGUGGAUUUUAACAGAUCUGUUAGUAUAUCUCUCUCGGUAUAAAUGUGAUGUUCUGGUGGAAACUGAACACCUUUUUCUUUUCAAAUUCUAACAAAGAAAUGACAUGCUCAUACAUUGGUUCUUCAGGCACUUUGCUAUGUGGCCUAACUUUUGUGUUAUGAAAAAUUGGUUUGUUUGAUAAAAUUGGUAGAAUAAAUUGAUUUAGAGUAAUGAUAUUUGGUUGAUGUUUAUGAGUUGCUAAGAUAUGUUUAUGUUAGCGUGUUGGUUUUUUUUAAGUUUGUGUGGUGUUAUAUGAACUGAUCUUGAGUCAAGUUGGAAGGAUUUGUGCUCGUACUCGAUUGUUGUUUAAUUUAUGUGUAGGUAUCGCUCAAAGGCGAACGUGGUCGGUGACGGAUCAGCGAACUAAGUUUAGGGAGGAAAUGAGGUUCGACGACUAGAUUCAGGAGGAACUGAGGUCGUGGUGAUCGAGAAUGUCAUGCAGGACGUUCGAGCUGAGAAAACAAUGCAUAUGCAGAUAAGGCUUCGCGAUGGAUACAGAAAGCGAUCUGAUUGUGAGAGGACGUGAAGACUGAUUCGUGUUGAAGUCAGAGCAGGCUCGAGGGAGUUGUGUGGUAGUUGAACUUGAGGCAAGAGUUAGUAUCGAAGACGGACUCUGAGUUGGUUACGUAUAUGCAUGUAUGUAUAGGAGAUGUGUAUGCAUGAUUACGUAAGAGUUGUUGGCUAAUUAGCUUAAUUAGCGGAAGUUAUUUGUCCUCUUGUGAUUAGAAAAGGAUAGAGAUCAGAUGAAUAUGAUAGGGAGUUGUAGUUUGAUUCGGUCAUAUUUGUGCAUAUGGCUAUCCUAUAAAUAUAGAGGUUUGCUGUAUUGGGUAGGAGAAUGCAGAACAGGGCAGCACAACGCAGCAGAGAGAUAGAGAAACUUGUGA